UCCUUGUGCUAGAUUCCCUAUUCAAAUCUUUUGGCCAUUUCCUUUAUUCGAUUUGUAUGUUAUUUUUGAGAUGGUAAUCAUCGAAUCAGGUUCGUUGCGUGGUGCUUUAAGGUAUAUAAAGGACAAAAUUUCCAUCCUCCCAUUGGUCAUGCAGAGUUAGAAAACAAGAAUUAAAAUAAAGAGAGGGUGGGUUGGGGUUUGUCGUCAUAAGCACCAAUUGCAAUGAUGGCUGAAGCUCACGACGAAGAGCGCUUUGACGUCCUCACGACAACAGGUCAAAAAACUGGAAUUUCAAAAUCCAGGAGUGAGGUUCAUAGAGAUGGAGAUUAUCAUCGAGCUGUUCAUGUGUGGAUUUAUUGUGAGAGUACUCAAGAGUUGCUUCUGCAGCGCCGAGCUGACUGUAAGGAUUCGUGGCCGGGGUUGUGGGAUAUAUCAAGUGCUGGCCAUAUAUCUGCUGGUGAUUCAUCACUUGUAUCUGCCAGGAGGGAGCUUCAUGAAGAACUAGGCAUAGCUCUUCCAAAUGAUGCAUUUGAAUUGAUUUUUGUUUUUCUUCAAGAAUGUGUUAUAAAUGGUGGUAAUUUUAUCAACAAUGAAUUCAAUGAUGUGUAUCUGGUGACGACUCUAGCUCCAAUUCCUCUGGCGGCCUUUACUCUUCAGGAAUCAGAAGUUUCUGCUGUUAAAUAUAUUUCGUGGGAGGAAUAUAGAAGCUUACUUGCACAAGAAGAUCAUGAAUAUGUUCCUUAUGAUGUAAAUGGGCAAUAUGGUCAAUUAUUUGAUAUACUUGCAAAAAGGUACAAUUAUAAUACGGAGGCUCGGUGUUUGAGUCUGCAGAAACAGAUUUCUCGCUUUUCUCCAGUUUGUAUUGAUCCAGAGCUGAAUGGGGUCUCAGAAGCAGACAAGGAAGCUCUAGUCUUGCUUAUUAAAGCUGCAACCAUAAUUGAUGACAUUUUCUAUUUGCAGGUAUGGUACAGUAAUCCAGCGUUACGAGAUUGGUUGAAGGAGCAUUGUGAUAAAUCUGACUUGGAUAAGUUGAAAUGGAAGUAUUAUUCAAUCAAUAAGAGUCCCUGGUCGUCCCUUGAUGAGAACAAGGCAUUUUUGACAACUGUAGACUCGGCUAUUAAGUUGCAUGUGGAAUCCACAAAGUCUGUACCUGGGUGGCAGGGACUUGAAUAUAGAGCUGCAUUCCCCGUGCAGAAACCCCCUGGUGCUAAUUUCUACCCUCCAGAUAUGGACAGAAAGGAAUUUGAAUUAUGGAAGAGUAGCCUAAGUGAGGAUCAACAAAAUGCCGCUACAGGAUAUUUUAAUGUUAUUAGAAGACAUAGUGAAUCUGAUUUGGAUGUCUCUCCAUUCAGUGGUAUCUCGGGUAGCAUUCAUCAGGUUGUACAGCCAGCUAAUGAUCUUUUCAUUGUUCCUUACUCAGAAGAGUAUAAGCCAUUUCUUACAAAAGCUGCUGAGCUAUUGAAUAAAGCAGGGGACUUGACUGACUCUCCCAGUUUGAAGAGGUUGCUGAAGACCAAAGCUGAUUCUUUUCUUUCAAAUGAUUACUAUGAAUCUGACAUAGCCUGGAUGGAGCUGGACUCUAAGUUGGACAUUACUAUUGGCCCAUAUGAGACUUACGAAGAUACAAUUUUUGGUUACAAGGCUACAUUUGAAGCAUUCAUUGGAAUCCGUGAUGAAAAAGCAACAUCUCAAGUUAAACUCUUCGGUGAUCAUUUGCAAGUUUUGGAGCAAAAUCUUCCAUUAGACAACAUGUACAAAUCAGAAGAUGUCAUUGCUGCUCCAAUUCGUGUGAUACAAGUUGUUUACAAUGCAGGAGAUAUAAAGGGUCCUCAAACUAUUGCUUUCAAUUUACCAAAUGAUGAACGUAUAGUGAAAGACCGUGGGACGUCAAUGGUCAUGCUCAAGAAUGUCUCAGAGGCCAAGUUCAAGCAGAUUCUUCAACCAAUAGCUAAUAUAUGUAUUAGAGAAGAUCAGCGGAUACAUGUUGAUUUUGAGUCUUUUUUCACACACACAAUUUGCCAUGAGUGCUGCCAUGGGAUUGGACCUCACACAAUAACACUUCCAAGUGGUCAAAAGUCUACCGUCAGAAUGGAGCUACAAGAACUCCACUCAUCUUUGGAAGAAGCAAAAGCAGAUAUUGUUGGCCUUUGGGCACUAAGGUUUCUAAUAAAAAAGAUCUGGUUUUUAGUACUGGUAGUAUCUCAAAUCACCCAAGCU